ACUACAUUACCCAGAAGGCAACGCAUGGAAUGGCAUCAGGCUGAGCCAAUAGACGCUCAGAGAAGGCAUUUCCGUUUGGGCGCUUCGGGAGGGCGGGACCGGUAAUCCUUGUGGCAGGAUUUCGUCUUCUCAGGUUUUUGUCUCAGGCGGUGAGGUUUUCCGUGUCCGCACUCCCUUGGAGAAGGCCGGAGAGUGGUGCUCCCCGUCUCACAGCCCAUGGUGGAGCCUCCAGUGGUGUCACAGCUCCCACGUGGGAUUGAAGCUCGGAGUCGCCACCUGAACACACCAGCGCCGGGACAGGGACCGCCAUUCCUGCAGCGGCUUCUACUCCCGCCCGGCUCAGCCCACAGAGGGCAAUGGCGGCGCCCCCGCUGAGGAGACGGGCUGAGGUUGGCGUGACCUUUGAGGACAUUGCCCUGUACUUCUCCAGGGAGGAAUGGAACCUCCUUGAUGAGGGUCAGAGACAGCUGUACCUGAAUGUGAUGCUGGAGAACUUUGAACUUAUAUCCUCGCUGGGUUGCUGCUGUGGAGCAGAGAAUGAGGAGGCAGCGACUGAACAGAACUUUCUUGUGAGAGUUUCACAGGCAUGGAAUCCCCAGUUACCUUUGUCUUCCCAGAAGAGCCACCCCUGUGAGAGUUGUGGACUAGUCUUGGGAAACAUUUUCCACGUGAUGGAGCUGCAGGGAACACAACACGGACAGAUAAUGUUGAGAUGUGGGGCAUGUGCAAAACGGUUUUACUUCAGUGUAAAUAUUCACCAAUGGAAUGUGAGAGAGAAGACUUUUAUUAGAGGUGUGGAUAGGAUCUCACUUGCAAAGAGCUGCAAUUUCAAUGUGUCCCAAAAUGGUUUCACCUGUGGGGAGGUUGGGCAGGGUGUUCUUACCGAAUCAGGACAUCUCCAGCUAAACGCUACUCAGACCAGGGACCGUCCAAAUGCUAUUUCGACACAUGGGAUGACAUUUCAAUGGACAAAAAAUUAUUACGCCCGAAAAGAAUCUAAGAAAAACAUUACUUGUACCCACACGUUUAUUCAGGAAAAGGAUGUCAAUGUUGGAAGUGGAUAUUUUGUGUGCUCUGAAUGUGGGGAAUAUUUUACCAAAUUUUCUAGCUUUUCUCUUUUACAGCAAGGUCACACUGGAGAAAGGCCUUAUCAGUGCAGUGAAUAUGGGAAAGCUUUUAGCAAUAGUAACAGCCUAGGUGAAUAUGAAGCUUUGCACACUGAAGAAAGGCCUUAUCACUGCAGUGAAUACGGGAAAGCUUUUAGCAAUAGUAACAGCCUAAGUGAAUAUGAAGCUUUGCACACUGAAGAAAGGCCCUAUGCGCGCAGUGAAUGUGGAAAUCCUGUUACCAAUAGCACUGCCUUCCAUUAUGAUCAGAGCGUUCUCACAGCAGAAAGGCCUUAUGAGUGCAAUGAGUGUGGGAAAUCUUUUAGUAGUAGCAGUAACCUUCAUUGUCAUCAGAGAAUUCACACUGGAGAAAAGCCUUAUAAGUGUAGUGAGUGUGGAAAGUCUUUUUCAACUUUCAAUGGUCGCAAAUAUCAUCAUUACAGAGUGCACACUGGAGAAAGGCCUCAUCACUGCAAUGAAUGUGGGAAAUCUUUUAUCACUUUGUCUCACCUUCAGAGUCAUCAGAGGGUUCACACAGGAGAAAAGCCAUAUAAAUGCAGUGAAUGUGGGAAAUCUUUUGCCCAGAGCGGUAGCCUUCUUUCUCACCAGAGCAUUCACACUGAAGAAAAGCCUUAUAUAGGUGGUGAAUGUGGGAAAGAUUACAACUGUUUCAUUAAACUUUGUCGUCAUCAAAGAGUACACACUGGAGAAAGGCCUUUUCACUGCAGUGAAUGUGGGAAAUCUUAUACCAGGCAAAGUGCACUUUGUCAGCAUCGGAGAAUUCAUAGAGGAGAAAAGCCUCAUAUAUGCAGUGAAUAUGGGAUGACUUUCAUCCAAAGCGGAGCUCUCCAAAAUCAUCUGAGAGUUCACACUGGAGAAAAGCCUUUUAAAUGCAGUGAAUGUGGGAAAUCUUUUACCACUAACAGUCAACUUCACAGUCAUCGGAGGGUUCACACAGGGGAAAAGCCUUAUAAAUGCAAUGAAUGUGGGAAAUCUUUUAUCACUAAUUUCAAACUUCACACACAUCAGAGAGUUCACACUGGAGAAAAGCCUUUUAAAUGCAGUGAAUGUGGGAAAUCUUUUACCACUAAGUCUUACCUUCACGUUCAUCGGAGGGUUCACACAAGAGAAAAGCCUUAUAAAUGCAAUGAAUGUGGGAAUUCUUUUACCAGUAAAUCUUACCUUCACAUUCAUCGGAGAAUUCACACAGGAGAAAAGCCUUAUAAAUGCAAUGAAUGUGGGAAAUCUUUUAUCACUAAUUUCAGACUUCACACACAUCAAAGAGUUCACACUGGAGAAAAGCCUUAUAAGUGCAGUGAAUGUGGGAAAUAUUUUACCACUAAGUCUUACCUUCGUGUUCAUCGGAGGGUUCACACAAGAGAAAAGCCUUAUAAAUGUAAUGAAUGUGGGAAAUCUUUUACCACUAAAUCUUACCUUCGCAUUCAUCAGAAAGUUCACAUAGGAGAAAAGCCUUAUAAAUGCAAUGAAUGUGGGAAAUCUUUUACCACUAAUUUCAAACUUCACAGACAUCAGAGAGUUCACACUGGAGAACAGCCUUAUAAAUGCAGUGAAUGUGGGAAAUCUUCUACCAGUAACAAAAAACUUUGUCAUCAUCAGAGAGUUCACACUAGAGAAAAGCCUUAUCAAUGCAGUGAAUGUGGGAAAUCUUUUACCAGUAACAGUAACCUUUGUCAUCAUCAGAGAGUUCAUACAGGAGAAAAGCCUUAUAAAUGUAGUGAAUGUGGGAAAACUUUCCCUGAAAACAAAGCUCUCCAAAAUCAUCAGAGAGUCCACACUGGAGAAAAGCCUUUUAAAUGCAGUGAAUGUGGGAAAUCUUUUACCAGGAGCGAUGUCCAUCGCCGUCAUGAGAGAAAUCAUGCAGGACAGAAGCCUUAUAAAUGCAGUGAUUGUGGGAAAACUUUUACUGAAAACGAAGCUCUCCAAAAUCAUCAGAGUGUUCAUAGAGGAGAAAUGCCUUAUAAAUGCAGUGACUGUGGGAAAUCUUUUACCUGUAACAGUAAACUUUGUCGUCAUCAGAGAGUUCAUUCAGGAGAAAAGCCUUAUAAAUGUAGUGAAUGUGGGAAAACUUUCAGUGAAAGCAGAGCUCUCCAAAAUCAUCAGAGAGUUCACACUGGUGAAAAGCGAUGUCCAUUGCUGUCAUCAGAGAAGUCAUACAAGACAAAAGCCUUAUAAAUGCAGUGACUGUGGGAAAUUUUAUACCAGUAGCACCAACCUUUACCGUCAUCAGAGAGUUCAUACAGGAGAAAUGCUUAUAAAUGCAGUGAAUGUGGACAAUCUUUUACAACUAACUCUCACCUUCAUUGUCAUCAGAGAGUUUACACAGGAGAUUGUCGUAAAGAGUGUAAUUAAUGUGAGCUGUCUCUCAGCCUAAUUUGUAAAUUUGCUGUACACAAAAGAGUCCGAAUGUGAAAAAUUUCUCAGAUGUGUUGAAAAUGUGGUUUCUUAGUUAGUACUUAGCAGUUGUAUAUGAAAAUAUGUGAAGUCUCAUUAGUCUGAAAUUUAUCUCAUAUAUUGAAUCACGUACAUUGUGUAUCCUACCUGCAACUAUUUUAUCUGUUCUGUUUACUUGUUUGCAUGUGGAACCGUAUGUAUGUAUGUUGGACUUUUUAACAUAAAGAGCUGUUUUGCCAGGUGGAAGAACUGCCAGUCUCACGGCUGUUACUUGCAAAAUAAUGAAGGCUUUUCCGUAAGACUUC